AAACGGAGAUCAGUGGCUAACGUUGUCAGUGGCUGACGCUAGUUGACGCCACUGACGCUGACGCUGCUGACCCUGCUGACGCUGACGAGAGAAAGGCAAAGAGCAAAGUACGCAAACACCGACGCGAGCACAAUGGCGGAUGGUUCACAAGCAGAUCAGAGUUGGCGCACUCAACCCUUCCGACAAAAUGUCAGGGGCAAGAUCGAAGAGGCGAUCCGCCAGGCAUCCAACCCGACCAUCCGGAGUGCUACGGAGAUGGAAAACCACGUUUUCCAGAAGGCGCGGUCCAAGGAUGAGUACCUCUCCUACGUGGCCAGGCUGAUCAUCCACGUGCGAGAAAUGAACUCCAAGAAGGCCCCCCAGCCCGGCUUGGCCCCCAACGGGACCGUGAUGGGGGUUCCCCCCGGGGGCCCCCCGCAGGGCACUCCCCAGGAUCCCAUGAUGGCCCUGCGCUCCAUGGCCACCCAGGGGGCCCAGGGCAUGGAGGGGGGGGCCCCACAGCCUCCGGGAGGGCUCAACCCACUGGCCAUGCAGCAGCCCAGGCUGAUGCAGGUGGGCAACAUGAUGAUGGCCCCCCAGUCCCAGCAGGGCCCCAUGCAGGGCCCUAUGCAAGGCCCCAUGCAGGGGCAGCUUCAGAACCAGCUACAGAGCCAGCUGCAGGGUCCCAUGCCUGGGCAGCUGCAGGGGCAGCUGCAGGGACAACUGCAGGGACAAUUGCAGGGGCAGCUGCAGGGGCAGCUUCAGGGGCAGCUACAGGGCCAGCUACAGGGCCAGCUGCAGGGCCAGCUACAGGGCCAGAUGAGGCCCCAGCAGGGCCAGAUGAUGGGCAACUGCCUCUCCCUUCCCAUGCAGAAGCUCAGGCCGCAGGGACCCGUCCCCAACGUGGCUGUGGCUCCGCAGCAGCCGCCGCAGCAGUCGCAGCCCCAGCCACAGCCGGUCCCCGGGGUGGCACAGUUCCAGGGACAGGCGGCCACCGGCUCGGCAGUUACGGCGCAACUGGCCGUGCCCAACACCGUCAACGUGGCCCCCGUGGGGUCGAGCCAGGGUCCCGGAAGUAACCAGGCGGCCGUGCCCUCCCCAGUUGCGCCCAUGUCCAACAGCGUGCCUAGCCAGAUGGUACCAUCCCCGGCUGGUGGCUACGCGCCCAGUCCGUCGUCGUCCCAGGUGGUGCCCUCGCCGGCGGGCAGCUUCCUGGGACGGACCCCGGGCACCAUGGGUGCCCCCUCUCCAGGGAGUACCCUGAGCACCCCAGGCAAUGUGGGCGGAGCCACGCCCAGCCCGGCUGCCCGGAGCCAGUCGGACGACCAGGCCUACCUGGAGAAGUUGAAGCAGCUCUCCAAGUACAUUGACCCCCUGCGUCGCAUGAUCGCCCGCAUCGACAAGGACGAAAAUCGCAAGAAGGAGCUGAGCAAGAUGAACAACCUGCUGGACAUCCUGUCUGACCCCAACAGAAGGUGCUCCAUGGAGACGCUGCUCAAGUGCGAGCAGGUGCUGGAGCGGAUGGAACUCAAGGAGAAGAUUGCAGAGGGCUUCGGGGCGGCGGCCCCCGCUCCGCGUGCCCCCGAGCAGAGCCUGUGCCAGCCGCUGCUUGACGCGGUGGCGAGCCACCUCAAGUCGCCCAUGUUCAACCACACCCUGCACCGGGUGUUUGGGCCCGCCAUCACCACCCUGCUGGGGCCCUCGCCCAGGGGGGCGUGCGUGAGCCCCCCCGCCAAACGGCGCCGCGUGCCCGAGGAGGGCCUGGAGAUCCCAGACCUGCUGCAGGGGGAGAUUGCCCACCUGGACCAGCGCUUCAAGGUGCAGCUGGACCCCAGCCAGCACACGGGCUCUCGCACCGUACACCUCAUUUGCCAGCUGGACGACAAGAACCUGCCGUGCGUUCCUCCGAUCACGGUGGCGGUGCCAGAGAACUACCCCAGUCGGCCUCCCCAGUGCAACGCCAGUAGGGACCAGUACGACUCGACGCAGUUCCUGAGGAACAUUCUCCAGUCUCUGGACAUGCACUUGGACAAGAUGCCCGAGAAGUACUCCGUCACAUCCCUCCUGGACACAUGGGUCAGUGUCACUCCGACUGCUCGCGCUCCACCAUUGCAUGGAGCACGCGAGACAAAACGGACGAGCGAGUCUUCGGCUCGGGAAAGUGAUGCCGGAGUAAGCUUUUCAAUAGAAGGCAUUGGAAGUCUACGCCCUCCACGAAAAGCUGGGCUUGACCGCAUGGCCGUACCAAACUAAUCAGUCGCUUCGGCCUUCUUUUCUCGCGAAAGUUACUUCGUAAGUUUGCCCGUGCGUGUGAUCCCCACCGUGAUCCAUUACUUGGAACUGCCUUGCUAAACUUGGUAUACAUACAUGCUGUUUGAUGGAAUUAGAAGA